UUCAGCCCCAAAAAAGAUUGUUUCUCCACACGAGCUUGACAAAAUGGUGAAUGAGUGCAUGCGGGAGGACUACGACGUUGAGCUCUCAGACGAGGAUGAUCCAGACCUGCUGGCCGAGUUAUCCGCACUGAGCUCCCAAGGUGGCGAUGAUGAACCAGCCAGGCCAUCCCCUCCCCCAACAGCCCCCUCUCAACCUCCACCCAGCAAUAAUUACCGCAACCCAGAGCCGAGGGGACACAGGCCUGCUCCCAUGACAGGGGGGAGCAACCUAGUGAACUUGCUGGCAGAGAGGGUGGCCAUGUACGAAGAAGCAGAAGCUAAUGCAAAGGCUUGUGGGGAGACGUCAAGAGCGCGAAGGUUCAACCGAGGGCUAAAAACACUAUACCAGAUGCAGAGGACAGUCAAAGCAGGCCAGACUAUCAACGAAGAAGACAUCCCCCCUGUGGUUGUCGUGAAACACAGUGCCAAAUCAGGGGGUUCUGGGACUCCAGCAUCGACACCCUCUCCUGCGGCUACAUCUCCUACAGAGGAUGCUGCACCCCCUCCAGUACCUCCUCACAACAGGAAUUCCUCAGCUUCUCUGGUUCAUGAGGAUUCCUCAUCCAGUACCACCAACCGGCCUGCACCCCCUCCCCCACGCACAGCGCCACCUUCUGGCCCUCCCCUCCAGCGCUCCAUGUCUUCCUCUGGACCCGCAAGUGCAGUGAGGACACGCCACACUGAAUACAAGAUGGCUGCCCUUGAAGCCAAGAAGAAAGGAGACAAAGAAACCGCCAUCAUGUACAUGAGGAUAAUGAAGCAGCUGGAACCCAUGUUGAGUGCAGCUGAGAGCGGGCAGGCUGUGGACCUCACAACUCUGCCUGGGCCACCAGGGACAUUCGUGUUGCAGGCCUCACCACAGCCCAAGCCUCAGCCAGAGACAGUAUCAACACAACCAGUCACUCACGAUGACCCUGCUCCUGCACCUGUUGCUGAUGCCCCUGCAAGUGCCCCCGAUGGCCCUGCAGCUCCAACAACAGUCCUAGAGGCAUUAGAACAACGAUUAGCAAAGUAUACUGAACAACGAGACAAGGCAAAGAAUGAAGGAAAUGCCCGCAAGGAACGCAUGAACCAGCGCAUCAUGAAGCAGUUUCAGGAUGCAAUUAAGUAUCACAAAGCUGGCAAACCUGUGCCAUUUGAUGAGCUGCCUUGUCCUCCUGGCUUCCCUUCUAUCCCAGUUGGUGACAGCCAGCCACCACCUGCUGCCUCCAGUACAGCUGCACCUCAGGCAGAUCCCAGCACAGGUGGACCUCCAGCUGCUAAACAACCAAGACCAGAUGCCGCUCAAGCUGCUGAGGAGAGUAAAAAGACAGCACCAACACCAAAUGUCCGCAAGGCACCCCAGUCUCGUGUAGAAAAGCAAUUGGCUUUCCUCAUUAAGAGACAGAAUCAGUUCAAGCAAGCUGCCCUGGAAGCAAAGAAACGUGGAGAGAUUGAGCAAGCCAAGGAAUAUCUCCGGAUGAGCAAGGGCUUUAACCAGCUCAUUGAUGCUAGUCGAGGCGGUCUGCCUAUUGACAUGAACACCGUGCCAGUACCACCUCAGGAACAGAUUCCUACAACUAGCAAUAUAGACUUUGAACUGGUGGACGCAGAAGAUUGCGUCGUUGCUCCAGCCAGUGUCAGCGGAGAUGCAGCUGUAACUUAUGCCAAGCUUGAAGAGGAUCUUAUAGCUCAGAUAAAACUGGUGCACUACUGUUGCACACCCUCAUCUAUGACCUUCUUUACGGAAUGGGAGCUGGUGCACUACUGUUUGCACACGACACGCCUAUGA